CGAUGGCCGCUUCAUUCAACAGAUCAGUGAAGUCCCACAGCACUCAAACUGUGCAGGACCACAGAUGUGAGGCGCUCGGAAGAGUCAAACAGCUGGUUUUUAUCGCGUAUCUACGCUCCUGUCGCUCCCCUGUUACAGACAGAAAUAUGAAAACAUGGUAGUUAAAACCAGAAAAUCAAAUGCCAAGGACCAGAGCGGCGAGAAGGACAGGAGUCAGUCCGCGUUGGGGAAAAGCAAGCGUGCCAAAGAUGGGAAGGGCUCGGCUUCCCAGAGUAAAAACGGAUAUUUUGCAGGGUUCAUUAGAAGCAAAUUAGGGUUGAGCCCGUCCGCUUUUGCAAGAGGAGUAUCAGUGUUGGUUCUCGCUCUUACUGUGGGAUUUUUACACUGGUAUCAUCUCUCACAUCUGUUUGAAAAUGACAGGCAUUUUUCACACAUGUCGUCUUUGGAAAAGGAGAUGGCCUUUCGAACAGAGAUGGGACUGUAUUACUCAUACUUCAAGACCAUCAUUAAGGCUCCUACUUUCAUGGACGGUCUUUAUAUGAUCAUGAACGAUCGUCUCACUGAAUAUCCUCUGGUGAUAAACACUCUAAAGAGGUUUAACUUGUACCCUGAGGUGGUCUUGGCCAGCUGGUACAGAGCAUACACUAGCACAAUGGAUUUUUUUGGGAUCCCUACCAAGAUGUGUUGGACCAUCAACAGAGGGGAGGGUCUAGAUCCAGUGGAGAGUUGUGAAGGUCUGGGGGAUCCUGCUUACUUUUAUGUCACAUUUGUGUUCCUGUUAAAUGGGGCAAUGAUGAGUCUCUUCUUCAUUUAUGGAACGUAUCUGAGUGGCAGUCGACUGGGUGGCACUGUUACAGUUCUGUGUUUCUUCUUUAAUCAUGGAGAGAGUACUCGGGUCAUGUGGACACCGCCUCUGAGAGAGAGCUUCUCCUACCCCUUCCUGGUUCUGCAGAUGCUUCUGCUCACUUACAUCCUCCGGACAAGGAACCCAAGCAAGAAUACCAUGAUGGCUCUGGGGAUCUCCAAUAUUUUCUUCAUGCUGCCGUGGCAGUUUGCUCAGUUUGUCUUGCUUACCCAGGUGGCAUCCCUUUUUGCUUCAUAUAUCCUGGGAUAUCUGAGUCCGGCAAAAAUGCAGUCUGUCUUAGUAACUCACAUGAUCUCCUUGGCCGUCUGUUUUCUUCUAAUGUUCGGGAACUCGAUGCUGUUGACAUCCUUCUACGCCUCUUCACUGGUCUCCAUCUGGGGUAUAAUUGCACUCAGGGAUUGGUUGGUUGGUAUAUUCAAACCUGGACUCUUCACAUGGGUCAUGCAGUGCCUUGCAUGGGUGGUCUCCACUGUCAUUCUGAAGUUCAUGCUCUCAGUGAUCUUUGGGGCAUCAGAUGAUGCCCACAUCAGCAGUCUGAUCAAAUCCAAGUUCACAAGCUACAAAGACUUUGACACGAUGAUGUACACGUGUGCUGCUGAGUUUGACUUCAUCGAAACAGAGACUCUCAUCCGGUACAUCAAAACCAUGCUGCUUCCAAUUAACGUGCUGAUUGUGGGUUUUAUUGCUGGAAGGACUAUACAGGACAUUAUUGUGUUUCUCAGAAAUAAGACGACAGAAAAGUCAGAGGAUGAUGAAAUGGAGCAGAGCCAGGUGCUGGCAAAGGGAGUGCUGGUGUAUCACAGUCUGCAGCUGGUGGCGUUUGCAUUGCUGGCUGUGCUCAUCAUGAGACUGAAGCUCUUCCUCACUCCUCACAUGUGCAUCAUGUCCUGUUUGAUCUGCUCCAGACAGCUGUUUGGCUGGGUAGGAGAGAAGUUUAAACUCCAGCUGACAGUCGUGGGAAUAUUAUCCAUCAUGGCAGUCCAAGGAGUCACCAACCUGCAGAGUCAAUGGGACAUCAUAGGAGAAUUCAGUAACUUCCCUCAAGAAGAGCUCCUGGAGUGGAUCAAAGACAACACAAGCCCUAAUGCUGUGUUUGCUGGUGCAAUGCCCACCAUGGCGAGUGUGAAACUGUCCACAGGAAGAGCCAUAGUGAACCACCCACACUAUGAAGACGCAGGAUUGAGAGAAAGAACAAAGAUGGUGUAUGCCAUGUACAGCCGAAAGCCAGCUGAGGUAAUGAAGCGAAACUUAAUAAAGCUGCAGGUGGACUAUUUCAUCCUUGAGGACUCGUGGUGCACCAGACGCUCCAAGCCCGGUUGCAGCAUGCCUGAGAUCUGGGACGUGGAGGAUGCACAAAAUGCAGGAAAAGUGCCACUUUGCACUCUCGUGUGGAGGGAUUCACGUCCUCACUUCUCCACUCUCUUUCACAACAACAUUUACAAAGUCCUUCGAGUUCCCAAAACAGUGAGAGAUGUGAGAUAACAGCAGUUUUCCCCUCACCUUACUGUUUUCCUGUCUUUGAUAUGUGUGUGUAUGUACACAGCAAUGAUUAUUUUUGUAAAGGUCAGAUGUGUUUUUCUUGAGCCCUGCACUUUUGGUGUCCGUUUUGUUUUGAUAAGCUGUAAGAGAUGUUUGAACCGCUGUGAGAGAGUCAAUCAGUAUCGAAUCACCCCUUUUCACUUAAAGGAAUAGUUCACCCAAAAAUGAAAUUUGC